AUGGUGAUGACAGAAUCUAUAAAAGAGACACUGAUAACAUGGAACAGCGCUGUAGAAUUCCAUAACUCAGGAAAUUACAAUGAAGCAAUAGAAAAGUAUCAUAAAAUACAAAUACUGUCGGCAAGAAUGCGAUAUAACAUGGCAUGUGCUGAAAUCAAACUAGACAACAAACUUGCAGCUAUCGAGAAUCUGACGAUGGCCAUCGAGCAAGACAGAUAUUUAGCUGUAGCAUUCUUUCUACGGGGAACCUUGUACCUACAACGUAACAGCAUCGAGAAUUCUAUAACUGACCUUGAGAUGACACGUGCAUUGUUACGAGGAAACAAGUGUAUAGACUAUAAACCACUAGGUCUUCUUAUUAGACUUAACAGCUUUCAG